UAAAUCUGUGUACACAAAUGUGUAACAGAUAAAAACAUUGCAAGCAGCAUAUAAAAAUAACUUGAAGCCAUAUCAAACCGGUACUGCUAACUAAAUAGUUGUACAAGUAGUUCAUAUACUCAAAAUAAAAUGAGUUGCCCACACAGUUGCAGCACAACAGAAGAAAAUCUGAAAGUUGUUAAGGUAGAGGCCAAGGAUGUAAGGUUUCCUACGUCACUACAAUCAGAUGGAUCGGAUGCCAUGCACACCGAUCCUGACUACUCUUGUGCCUAUGUCACUGUCACACUGAAAUCCGGACUGCAAGGACACGGACUCACCUUCACCAAUGGCAGAGGCACCGAAAUCGUAGUUCAAGCUGUCAAUUCUUUGAGUUAUUUGCUGGUCGGACAGGUGGUCACAGAUAUUUACAAGGACUUUGCCAAGUUCUGGAGAUCGGUCACCAGCGAGAGUCAAAUUAGAUGGGUUGGCCCAGAAAAAGGCGUAACCCACUUGGCUACAGCAGCUCUGAUAAACGCUCUAUGGGAUCUGUGGGGCAAAUUACUCAAAAAACCCGUCUGGAGACUACUGGCCGACCUCGAACCCGAAGUACUGCUUUCCGUGAUCGAUUUUAGGUACAUCACCAACGUGAUCACGAAAGAAGAAGCCUUGUCCCUCUUAAAACAGGGUCAAGUUGGUAAAGAACAAAGGAUAAAAACGUUGCAGAGCACCGGGUACCCUUGUUACACCACACAAGCAGGAUGGUUGGGAUAUCCAGACGAAAAGAUCAGAGAGCUUGCUCAGAAAUACAUCGACUUGGGAUACACGGUGUUCAAAGUAAAAGUCGGUAGAAAUCUCGAAGAUGACAUUAAAAGGUGCGAGUUAAUCAGAAACAUCAUCGGAUAUGAGAGAACAUUGAUGGUAGACGCUAACCAAGUGUGGGAAGUACAGGAAGCCAUCGACUGGAUGAAGCACUUGGCUCGUUUCAAGCCGCUCUGGAUCGAGGAACCGACGAGUCCAGAUGACGUUUUAGGUCAUGCGGAGAUUGCCAAAGCUCUAAAACCCUACGGAAUAGCCGUGGCCACUGGAGAGAUGUGCUGUAACAGAGUACUGUUCAAGCAGUUCCUUCAAGCUGAGGCCUUGGAGUACUGUCAAAUAGAUUCAGCCAGAAUAGGAGGAAUUAAUGAGAUUCUCAGCGUGUAUUUGAUGGCGAAAAAACUCGGAGUUAAAGUGUGUCCUCAUGCCGGCGGUGUGGGACUGUGCGAGAUGGUUCAACAUCUCCAAAUGUGGGAUUUCGUGGCACUAAGCGGUACCAGCGAAGGUAGAGUUGUAGAAUUCGUCGAUCAACAACACGAACAUUUUGUUAAUCCCUGUAUAAUAAAGAACGCCCAUUAUACAGCACCCACGGCACCUGGAUAUAGUACAACCAUGAAACCUGAAUCGAUAGCAGCCUACGAAUAUCCAAAUGGAUCAGAAUGGCAAAGUAUGUUUGCCAAAGGUAUAUUUCACGAUCCAAGAAAAUGAUCAUGUUAAAAUAUAAAAUUUUCAUUAUAUUACAACAAACAAAUCAUUCCAAUGUAUUUUUGUAUUUUUAUUUGUUAUUAAAAUUGAUAAUUUGCGCAAUUUAAAGCUACAUAUGUAUUGUAUUGUUAAAUAAAUAAACUAUAAAUUAAAAGAAAAA